AUGGUAUGUUAUCUAGGGGGAGUCUUCUCAGGUUUUUUUACUUCAAUAUAUUAUCUACGGACACAAGUAGAGUUAUUGAAUCUAGUUUGUGAAGUUCAAUAGCUUACUAUCUUCGGCUUCACUCUAUAUAUUUUUGACCCCACUAUCUUGACGAAGACCACACUUGGAGAUAUGAUCAUCCUAGUUGUGUAUGUUGAUGACAUUCUUGUGACAAAGAGUGAUGAGGGAGGCAUCUCUACCACCAAAGCCUACCAGCAAGAACACUUUGUCACAAGAUACUUGGAGACAUUGCACUACUUUCUUAUGAUAGAGUUUGCUUAUUAGUGAGGCAAGCUAACUUCAUCUCAGAGGAAACAUGUCUUCGACCUUCUUCAAGAAAUGAGGUUUCUUGGCUACAAAUCAAAGUUAUCACCUAUGGAGGCACGUCUAAAGUUCUAGGUUAUGACUUUACCUCUAAUUAAGGAUGUUAAUCGCUAUUAGUAAUUAUUAGAAAAACUAAUAUAUCUCACUAUUACUUAUCCUGACAUCAUACAUAUAGUCAGUAUUCCCAGUCAACUUAUACAAGAGCUUCAUUAAGUUCAUUAAGGGGGACUGCUACGUGUCCUAGCCUAUAUCAAAUGAGCUCUAGGGAAGGGGCUCAUCUAUAGAUGUCAUGGUCAUCUACGUGUUAAAGCCUACAUAGAUACUGGGUAUGCUGGUGACAAAAGAGAUCGAAAGUCGGCGACUGACUUCUACAUGUAUGUUGGUAACAACCUAGUCACUUUAGGCUUUAGGAAGCAAAAUGUGAUAUCUUGUUCUAGUGUAGAAGCCGAAUAUUAUUAUAUAACUGAGACUAUACAUGAAAUGGUAUGGCUUCGCUCUCUUCUGGAGAGCCUAGGUGUCACUCUUCAAACACUUAUGUUUAUGUAUUGUAACAAUCAAGCAGCAAUCUUUAUUGCCACGAAUCCUACAUUUCACGAGCAGACCAAGCACAUCAAAAUUGAUUGUCACUACAUCUAA